AUGUCUCAACAGCUUAUUGGAUCCGAGUAUACUGUCUAUCGUUCCGGCGAUGGCAAUGGGGGGUUCAAGCCAACCCCGGUCAAGAUACCUACCCUCGGUCCCCAUGACAUUCUUGUACGCAUCACACAUAGCGGUGUUUGUCACACAGAUAUAACCUUCUGUCAGAUGGGUGCCCCGAUAGCACUUGGCCACGAGGGUGUUGGUAUUGUCGAAGCCGUGGGAUCUCUCGUGACACAGUUCAAUGUCGGAGAUCGCGCUGGCGGUGGCUUCCACCGAGACGCAUGCGGUCACUGCAAGUAUUGUCUUUCCGGCAAAGAUAUAUACUGCUACGACCGUGUCAUCUUCGGUGAAGGCGACUUCGAUAACGGUACCUUUGGCUCGUAUUACAUCGGAAAGGAAACAUUCCUGCACAAGAUUCCCGAGGGACUUGCUAGUGAACAUGCCGCGCCUCUCCAGUGUGCUGGCGCGACUGUUUAUGCUGCUCUCAAAGCCAUAGUCACCCCUGAGAAGAGGGUGGGCAUUCUUGGAAUUGGUGGCUUGGGUCACCUUGCUAUCCAAUAUGCGAACAAGAUGGGCGCAGAUGUUGUUGUAUACAGCACGAGUGCCAGUAAGGAGACUGAGGCACGUCAACUUGGUGCAAAGGAGUUUCAUCUCAUUGAGAACAUGUUUGAUGUCAAGGCGCCCAUCGAUGUUCUCGUGAUUUGCGGAACUAAGUAUCCCGAUUGGGACCGUGUCAUGGUGAAGGAGUUUCUGGCUAGGGAUGGUGUUAUCGUCCCUCUUGCUGCUCCUGUACAUGGGCCCCUGAGCCUGCCUGCUGGAGCUAUGUUUUUUCAGGGCUAUCACGUCUUCUCGAGUUUAGUAGGUUCCCGCAAUGUCCACGACGAGAUGUUGGAGUUUUCAGCCCGACAUGGCAUCAAGCCAAUGGUCCAAAUCUUCAAGCAUGAGGGUGCGAAGACAAUCAAGGACGUAUUUGAGCUCGUUGAAAUGAAUAAGAUGCGAUACAGGGCAGUUUUAGAAAUGUAA